AUGAAUAAACUAGUGUGCAGAAACCUUUACGUUUAUACUUGCAUUCCCUUAACGAAAGAAGGAAUAAUGAGAAAGUUCCUUUUGGUAAAAGGACACUAUAACAUUGAAAAAAUAGCAGAGAUUGGUGGCAAAGCGCAUGCUAUAACUGAUGAAGGGACAUUUAAGCUGAGAGACAAUCCUCAUUCCAACUCCUUUUUACUUUCUAGCACAUUGGAUUGCUCAAUUGCUGGUUCUGUUCUAAAAGUACUUGAAAUGAGCCAAAUGGAUUUGAAAGAAUUGUGUGAUUCAAUACCCUUUUCAGAAAUUUCAAACAUUCGACUCGUAUCGUUUGAAAACAUGAUUAAAAAAGAUGCACUUGCUGACUUUUCAAAGAAAUACUAUCUGUUUUUGGUUGGAAGUUCUCUUGCCAAGCUAAAGUAUAAAGAAAUUGUUAAAAUUAUAAUGUAUUUGCAAACGCUAAGUAGCCCCAAGGACUUUGCAUUGUACAGUAAUAACUCGUACAGUGUCGAACUAGCAGAGUGGAUUGUAAACACCUUUAUAGGAUCAAGCUAUGAGUUAGGACUAUUCAUUCUUUUAGACUGUCUGGAAAAUGAUAGGUUAGAUAGUUUUAUAGCUGAGUGGAAGAGCAGAGACCUUUAUGAUAUUGAUUUGAAAGGGUUUCUAAACAGCUUUGUUCUUGACAGUUUGAUGUUGGACAGGCGUGAAAAAGUGAAAAUCAAAGGAUAUCUCAGUAAACUAGUAUAG